AUGUCCGACUCCUCCGACAGCGAGGACUCGACGUAUCAACCAAGUCCCUCCCAGCCCUCGAACGCAAGCUCCGCCGCAAGCGUGCCGCCGCCCUGCGGAUGCGCGUACCUCCAGUCCAUCAGCCGCCGAAUCCGCGGGGGCAGCUACGCGACGACCGGCGGAGACUACCUCGAAGCGAUAUUCACGCACCGCGAGGCAUUCUUCGCCUACCCGCCAGGCCACCGCGGGUGCGCGAUCGGCUUCUCGGAGCUCGCACAGGACCUGGAGGGCCGCCACCUCCCGGAGGGCUGGCGCGCGGACUGGGAUGGCGAUAGCGAGGCCGCGGCGGCGUUCCGGCACGAGGCUUGGGUGAUCGCGAACGCGUUCUGA